CUGACAGUUCGGAUACGCCAUGGUUGGUCUAUGGUUGCUCUGGUGGCUCUGCCAGCUAUCACUCGUAAUUCCCAGCUCCUCCAGCAAAACUCGCAUAGUGGGCGGCAGGGAGACAACAAUAGCUCAGGUUCCAUACUUGGUUUACCUCCGUCAGGGUGGUUACUUUAUCUGCGGAGGAUCCUUGAUAUCAACCAGCGUGGUGCUCAGUGCGGCACAUUGUGUUUAUGGAUCCCAGCCAGGCGAUUACACGAUCCACGCCGGUGUCAGUCGUUUGGAUGAGGAGGCUCCCGUGGUUCGCAGCGUAGCCAUGUUCCACAUUUCACCCAGCUACUCUUCCACCAACUUUGACAUGGAUGUAGCUUUGUUACAACUACAGGAGCCUGUUUCCCUGACUCCUGGGCAAGUGGCCACCAUUACUCCUUGUCGCAAUCCACCGCAGGGUAAUGCAUAUGCCAGGAUCAGCGGUUGGGGUGUUACUCGCGAGAACAACCGUGAUCCUGCCGAACAGGUCCGUACGGCCAUGGUGCGGGUUCUUCCGGGUCCAGAAUGCCAGCUUUCGUAUGCCGGAGUUGCCAAGCUAAGUGAUUCCAUGCUCUGUGCCGCCGUACGUGGUCUCCGGGACUCUUGCUCCGGAGAUUCAGGAGGUCCUUUGGUCUAUCGUGGUCAGGUUUGCGGUAUUGUCUCUUGGGGAUUCGGGUGUGCACGUCCUGCUUUUCCAGGUGUUUACACCAACGUGGCUAGUGGAAGGGUUUAUUCUUUUAUAGAACAAACACUAAGAAGGAUCAGGAACUAACUCUAUUAAGAAAUAAAUGUAC